AUGGGGUCCAGUCUCGGAGACGUAACGGAGGUGUUGACGUUCACGGCCACGGACGGCACACUGACGGCCACCGCCACCCUCACCGUCAACAUCGUUGACACGGUCCCGAUAAUGCACAACGUCCCAGCCACAACGUGGAAGCUGACCACAUCGGAACGUAAUGGUCUGCAGGAGCUGUACGUUAUUGACGUGUCUAACGGCUGUGACAUUGUCAAUUGCGAGGUAACGUCAGUCGUAUCCGACACGAACGCUAACGUCUUUGUGCAACAAGGAACAAUGAUCGUAGCUGACGUACGAAUGCUAAAACAGCCAACUUCCGCUGAAAUAUCCGUGGACUGCGGCGGCGCAACAGGGACAAUUUACCUUGGCGUUUCUAUAACAACCCCACCACCAACGACAACCACAAGCAGCACAACAGUGACAACGCCAACAACUACAACUUCUCAAAGUAUCACUUUAACACCAACUACAACCAUCACGACAACUGCGCCAAUAACGCAAACAACCACUGCAGAGGAAACUUCUACAAUUACAACGUCACCGACUACUACAACACCAACAACAACCACUGCAACGCAAACUACAACCACUGAAACGCCAACUACGACUACAAAGUUAACUACAAUAACAACUUUUACUACAACGCAAAUUACAACGCCAACAACAACUACACAACCAACAACAACUACACCGCCAAUUACAACUACAACUGCAACCACAACGCCAACUUCAACUACAACGCCAACUACAACUACAAAUCCAACAACAAUUCCAACGCCAACUACAACAGCAACUACAACGCCAACAACAACUACAAAGCCAAUAACAACAAUUCCAACGCCAACUACAACAGCAACUACAACGCCAACUACAGCUAAAACGCCAACUACAACAACAACAACAAAUACAACGCCAACAACAACUCCAACAGCAACUACAACGCCAACUACAACUACAAUCGCCAACAACAACGCCAACUAUAACUCCAUCGAUUACAACAGCAACAACUACAGCCACUACAAGGCCAACUACAACCAUGACGUCAACUACAACGCAAACAACAACAACUACGCCAACAACAACACCAACUACAAACACAACGCCAACUUUAACUACAACGCAAUCUACAACGCCAACAAUAACUACAACGCCAACUACAACGCCAACUACAACGCCAACUACUACUCCAACGCUAACUACAACAACAACAACAACAACUACAAUCACUACAACGCCAACUACAACGCCAACAACAAUUACAACGCCAUCUACUACCACAGUGCUAACGUCAACUACAACGCCAACUACAAUAACACCAACUACAACUACAACGCAAGCUACAACUACUACGCAAACUACAACGCCAACAACAACUACAACGCCAACUACAACGCCAACUACAACGCCAACGCCAACUACAACAUCAACGCUAACUACAGCUUCAACGCCAACUACAACUACAACGCCAACUACAGCGCCAACUACAAUUUCAACGCUAACUUCAAUUACAAAGCAAACAACAACUACAACGCCGAUUACAACUACACCAACAACAACUAA